GUAUUACCAAGCGGUCGCCGGGCUGAUGACAUAAAAACCGGGUUCCGGGAACCGCCACUCGCAGGCGUGCUGCUGAGGCGUGAGUAUGGCGUCUCGCGGCCGGCGUCCGGAGCACGGUGGACCACCGGAGCUGUUUUAUGAUGAGAAAGAAGCCCGGAAAUACGUUCGCAACUCACGGAUGAUUGAUAUCCAGACCAGGAUGGCUGGGCGAGCACUGGAGCUUCUUUAUCUGCCAGAGAAUAAGCCCUGUUACCUGCUGGAUAUUGGCUGUGGCACUGGGCUGAGUGGAAGUUAUCUCUCAGAUGAAGGGCACUAUUGGGUGGGCCUGGAUAUCAGCCCUGCCAUGCUGGAUGAGGCUGUGGACCGAGAGAUAGAGGGAGACCUACUGCUGGGGGAUAUGGGACAGGGCAUCCCAUUCAAGCCGGGCACAUUUGACGGUUGCAUCAGCAUUUCUGCUGUGCAGUGGCUGUGUAAUGCUAACAAGAAGUCUGAAAACCCUGCCAAGCGCCUGUACUGCUUUUUUGCUUCUCUUUUUUCUGUUCUCGUCCGGGGAUCCCGAGCUGUCCUGCAGCUAUACCCUGAGAACUCAGAGCAGUUGGAGCUGAUCACAACCCAGGCCACAAAGGCGGGCUUCUCCGGUGGCAUGGUGGUGGACUACCCUAACAGUGCCAAAGCAAAGAAAUUCUACCUCUGCUUGUUUUCUGGGCCUUCGUCCUUUAUACCAGAGGGGCUGAGUGAAAAUCAGGAUGAAGAUGAACCCAGGGAGUCUGUGUUCACCAAUGAGAGGCAAGGUGGAGCAUUUGAGGGAAGGGGCAUCUGAGGCCACCAGAUUCAGAGGGUCCCAUUCAGGAUGUUGCGGCGGGGAAUGGUGAGGAAGAGCCGGGCAUGGGUGCUGGAGAAGAAGGAGCGGCACAGGCGCCAGGGCAGGGAAGUCAGACCUGACACCCAGUACACCGGCCGCAAGCGCAAGCCCCGCUUCUAAGUCACCACACAGUUCUGGACAGGCACUUGCCUCUGUACUUUUCUAUAUUGUUCAGCUGACAAAGUAGUAUUUUAGAAAAGUUCUAAAGUUCUGAAAAUGUUUUCUGCAGUAAAAAAAAAAAAAGUACUCUGGGCCGGGCGUGGUGGCUCACACCUGUAAUCCCAGCACCUUGGGAGGCUGAGGCGGGAGGAUCAUUUGAGGCCAGGAGUUUAAGACGUGCCUGGGCAACAUAAUGAGACUUCGUUUCUAGGAGGGGGGAAAAAAAAAGCUCUUGAGCAUCUUAUUUUGUUUAAAAGCAAGAAAUAAAAAUUCCUUUUGUGGA